CGGUUCCCCGGAUCUUUCAUCAAGUGGUAAAAAACCAACGCGAACCACCAAAAAUCCAGCUCACCCCGAUCUAUCGAGGCGGAGCUCUCGAUGCUCGGCAAAACCUCCAAAUGAGAAGAAAAGGAGCUACUUUUCCAUCCCCUGAUCUCUCUUUUCCAUUACCUUCCCCUCUCCAAGAAUCUCCUGAGGCAGUCAUCUCUCCCUCUUUAUUUUUCCAAUGGAAGUUAACUUCCCUCCUAGUAUCUGCCACCUGACCUCGGAUCGUAGAAUCCAGAGCGAUUCUUCUAGCUUCCCCUGUUCCUCGAUUGGAUUCCUGAAGCACAAAAGGAUCAAAUCUUUUCAUGGAUUUGAUAUCCUUUUCUCCAGGAAAGAGUUCUCAUCUUCUGCUGUCAAGUGUUCCUCCGGGCCGGAGCAAGGUCUUAAGCCGAAACCCAGGCGAAACCCUCAACCGGUCGUCGAGAAACCCGACCCACAAUCUUAUUCCUAUGAUGCCCACUUCGCUCCCCCUGGCGCCUCGGGCCUCUGCGGUCAAAUCGAGAAGCUGGUCUUCUUCAAAAGGUACGAAGAAGCCCUUGAAUUGUUCGAAAUCUUGCGGUCAAAGAGCGGCUUUGUCAUCGAUGCCAGCACUUACGAUUCGCUGGUGAAUGCAUGCGUUAAUUUGAGGUCGGUCGGAGCAGUCAAGACGGUGUUCCGUCAUAUGAUCGAAUCCGGGUUUGAAUUUGAUCAGUAUAUGAGGAACAGGGUGCUUCUGAUGCACUUGAAAUGCGGCAUGUUGGCUGAUGCUCGACGGUUGUUUGAUGAAAUGCCCGAAAGGAAUAUUGUGUCGUUAAACACCAUGAUAACAGGACUUGUCGACUCUGGAUCUUAUGAAGAGGCGUUUGAUCUCUUCUUUUUGAUGUGGCGGGAGCUAUCAGAUGCUGGGCCACGCAUGUUUGCGACCGUCAUUCGGGCAUCUGCUGGUUUGGGGUCUGCAUUUGUUGGUGGGCAGCUGCAUUCCUGUGUUCUGAAGAUGGGAUUGUAUGGGAAUACCUUCAUUUCAUGUUCACUCAUUGACAUGUAUAGUAAGUGUGGGUGCAUCGAAGAAGCUCAGUGGGUCUUUGAUGAGAUGCCCGAGAAGACUAUUGUUGGAUGGAACUCAAUUAUGGCGGGGUAUGCUCUUCAUGGAUACAGUGAGAAGGCUCUGGAUAUGUACUAUGAGAUGCAAAGUUCCGGUGUCAAGAUGGAUCACUUCACGUAUUCAAUUGUCAUCAGAAUAUGCGCCCGGUUAGGUUCGUUGGAGCAUGCAAAGCAAGCUCAUGCAGGUCUAGUACGGAAUGGGUUUGGGCUGGAUAUCAUUGCAAACACAACUCUGGUGGAUUUCUACUGCAAAUGGGGCAGGAUGGAAGAUGCAAGGAAUGUGUUUGACAUGAUGCGUCGCAAGAAUGUUAUUUCUUGGAAUGCUUUGAUAGGUGGGUAUGCUAAGCAAGGCAUGGGACACAAGGCUGUUGAGAUGUUUGAGAGCAUGGUCAAGGAAGGUAUGAUUCCGAAUCAUGUUACCUUUCUUGCAGUCUUAGGUGCAUGUAGCUGUUCUGGUUUGUUAGAUAAAGGGACAGAGAUUUUUGAGUUGAUGGGUAGAGACCCGAGGAUGAAGCCACGGGCAAUGCACUAUGCCUGUAUGAUUGAGUUGUUGGGCCGAGAAGGCCUAUUGGAUGAAGCAUUUGCUAUGAUAAAGAGUGCUCCUUUUAGCCCCACGAAAAACAUGUGGGCGGCAUUGCUUACAGCCUGUAGAAUUCACAAGAAUCUAGAGCUCGGGAAAUUUGCAGCAGAAAAGCUUUUUGGGAUGGAACCUGAAAAAUUAAGUAAUUAUAUUGUCCUUCUCAAUAUAUACAACAGUUCUGGGAGAGUGGAUGACGCGGCAAGGGUUUUGGAAGCCUUACAAAGAAAGGGUUUGAGAUUACUUCCUGCUUGCAGUUGGAUUGAGAUUAAGAGACAGGUUCACCUGUUUCUUUUUGGAGAUAGAUCUCAUCAACAAAGUGUUGAAAUCUCUAGAAGAUUAGAUGCCCUGAUGGAAGAGAUAGUUGAACUUGGUUAUGUUCCUGAUGGUAAUAAACCUUUGCUUCCUGAUGUGGGAGAGCACGAGCAGCAGAUUUCUAAUUAUCACAGCGAGAAGUUAGCAAUUGCUUUUGGGCUCAUCAGUACACCAGAUUCGACUCCCCUGCAAAUCAUCCAAGGCCAUCGAGUCUGCACUGAUUGCCAUAGUGUAAUUAAGCUUAUAACAGUGGUUACGAAAAGGGAGAUUGUCGUGAGGGAUGCAAGCCGGUUCCACUAUUUCAGAAACGGAACUUGUUCUUGUGGGGAUUACUGGUGACUGUCAGUUGCAAGGGAUGCAAUGUCUUGUGGAUAAAGAACACUACCAGUUGGGACUGGAGGUCUUUAGUCCCUGACACCGGUAUGAGGUGAAAGUAUGAGUAUCUUCAACAUUCUGUCCAAGCAACAACGCUCAGGUGAAUGGGGAGAAGUGGGCCUGUUCCAGAGAUCUUGCUGUGUGACUUUUAUGUUACAAAGUUUGGUACUAUUAUAGAUAGCCAUUAUAUCAUCUAUUUUGGAGAGGAACGACUCUCUUUUAUCCCCACUUGUAUUGAAAAAUGUUUAGAUAUGUUCUCAAGAUAAAUGGGAGCCGCCUAUCUCCAAAAUAGGUGAUAAAA